AUGGACAACCCCACAUUGGGCGAUCACAACUCGUCGCACAUAUCGCCCUCUGCGGAUUCAAUACGGAUAGAGCCCAUCACCAAGGGCCUACCUUCGCUGCCCGAGGGAUCAGACGAUGAGAACGACACCCCGACUCGUGUCAGAGAGGCUUUGGCGGUUACACAUAACGGCAACGAAUGGCGAUACUCCGCCGUUUCCCCCAUGGCGUCGCCCACACUUGAGACUGUAAAUGACAGUGGAAGCAGCUUCUGUGUAUCGCCGAUUGAUGAGUCGAUUGGUUUCCCGCGCCAGCAACAAAGAGCCUCGACCGGAGAGUAUUUCGCUGAUGCGCAGUUGAAUGCACUUUAUGUUGAUACACCAUUGUCUCCAGCCGCAGCGCCUUCGCCUCCACGCCAAAGGAAGGUUGUUGCGUUUGUUGCAGAGCCAGAGCAAAUUCCAUCCGCCAUAGAAAACUUCUCGCCGGCUGAGCCACCGCAACAAAUCCUGGAAACGAGUCCUGGUGCACCCAUUUGCAGAGAUUUUGAAUAUCAAAAGGCUGUUCAUGAACCCAUUUCAGAAGAACUGAGUUCUCAACCCGUGCAUGAACCUGCUUUCAGAUCAUUUUCCCCACCACCAAUUUCUAGAGAUCGCCCUCCCCAAACGCCACCUUCCGAACAGCCAAGCGGUGCACGCCAAUAUGUCCGUUCUGGCGAACCAACCAACCCGACUGCUGGAAAAGCUGAUCAUGUCAACCUGCAGAACAACACUUUUCAUAAGUCGACUGGGUCAGCAUCCAACCUUCUAAGCUGGGGACGCGAGCAGCUUCUGCCCAUAAAGGAAUUUGCCCAAGCCCGUAGUCGAAGCGGCAAUUUCUACAAGAGCGAAAUCCCUGUACCUAUCAGAGGAAAGGAGAAAAGACGUAAGGACGGUCACCGAUCGGCAUCACGUGUAGUUCCUGUUGAAGCGCAUACCAGACGUCCUGGCGUGAACAACGCGGGCGUGCAACUAUCUCAUAUCGGUUUGAUUCCGAGUACCGUGACGACGAUCACUGCCGGUAGUCCAAAGGCGUUGCCGCAGAGACCAGCACCACGAGAUGCCUAUAAUAAGCAAUGGCGGGAACAGCGAGAGACCAAACCGUUACCAAAAAUCGACACGGUAGCUGAUACUCUGUGGUCCAAGCAGCCUCUCGCUGACUUUGGUGGUCCCACUGCUGUCCCGAAGCCCGACAGUCCCAGUCCACGUGAAAGCCCGGAAGAUAUUCCACAAGAUACUAUACGAGAGACUUCACGAGAUAGCCCACGGGAUAGCCCACAGGAUAGCCCACAGGAUAGUCCACGGAAUAGUCCACGGAAUAGUCCACGGAAUAGUCCACGGGAAAGCCCACAGCCCGACUCAAGUGGUACAUCUCAUACAAUGGACGAUGCACCCUCUAUCAUGUCCCGCCGACGCCCAAUCCCCAUCUCCACGCCGGUGUCAAGGAAGCCGAUCCGGAAGCCCACUCCAGCGGAGGCUGUCCGAGACUCCGAUCCAGUGCCUCAGCCUCCUACAGAUCCUGUGGAUCGCAUUCGGGCUCUGGAAACCAAACGAGACGGACUCGCACGGCGUCGAGUCAAUCUGGAAACAGUGAUCAAAGAGUUGACCCGAGUCAUUCAACCUAACAAUAUUGCGUAUGACCUUGCCGCCAAACAAGAAGUGAAAAGGAGCGUCCAGAGCAUCGAGAAUGACAUUGCCGAGAUCAAGAGAGAGGAGCAUGAGCUUGGAUUGAAGGCCGCUCGGGCCUGGAGACGAUUGGAUGAGAAUAACAACGGGGAUGGCAGCACUUUGUGGGUGAAGCGUGUCACCAGCUGA